GAACAAUGCAUUUUGCUCUUGAAUUAGUGAACAACACAGCUAUAUGGUCCAUUACAGUGAAAGAAAAACUUGUAUGCUUGUUCCAACUUCGAGAGCUGGAGAUGGUAGCAAAAAAACUAAGCUAGAAAUCAGUUGAGGUCACUUCUGCCCCUCCUAAUGUCCCUUCAUUUUUAUGUCCCAUUUGAUUCCUAGAAGGCUCCAAAUAUAGUUUUGAAACAUGAAGCAAAAGGUAGUGAUUGAUAUCCCACUCAUUACUGAUGGGGGCAGAUCAAAGGCAAUGCAGAUUGCUGUAGCUAUUAAAGGGGUUACAUCGGUGAAUAUAGACAAGGAAAAAAGCCAUUUGGUGGUGACAGGAGAAGGGUUUGAUUCCUUUCAUUUGAUGAAGUGCCUAAAGAAGAGAUUCAAGUGCUCUAACAUUGUGAGCAUUGAAGAAGUGAAACCUCCCAAUAAAGAUGAAGAAAAAAAGAAAAAGGAAGCAGAAGCAAAGAAGAAGAAGGAAGAAGAAGCAAAGAAGAAGAAGGAAGAAGAAGCAAAGUGCAAACCAUGUUGCCCACCAAACCCUCCUUGUGUACAGUACUAUCCAUGUGUGCAACCUGUUUAUGAUAAUUAUAACCCAAGUUGCACUAUUGUGUGAUGCAAAACUUGUGGAAUUCCGAGCAAAUUCUUGAUUCCUCGAAUAUAAUGGAAUUUCACCGUAUGUUGAAUUUUGCAAUCUACCUUCUCUUAUUAAGAGUUAUCCUAUAAAAAGGCCUCGUCAUUCCACGUUUA